CGUGCUAGCAUCGCACCCAUUCUUGCGCCACAUAACCGAUCGAUAGUUUAGCUGCUGGUCUGGAGGCAGCGACAGAGUCGAACCAUGUGGCUGCGAAUCACUUUUGCCGGCUGUUUGUUCCUGCUCGGCGGACUGCUGUCCAGUGCCGAUGGGUACCGGAUACUGUUUCUUGCCCCCUUUCCCGGUCCGAGCCAUUGGCUCAUGCUGAAACACUUUAUACGCGAGCUGACCGAUCGGCAGCACGAGGUAACGUGCAUUACGAGCUUCCCGUACGGUGAACCGCUGCCGAACUACGAUGAAGUACUGAUCGAUCCACCGUACCCGAUAAGGGAGACAUUCCCAGUGGAGGGUUUGUUCGACGCAAGCCAAACGUCGGACUUUGACAAGCUGAACAUGUACUGGGACCUUGGCCUCAACACCAGCGAGUACGGGCUGGAGUCGGCGAACGUGCGCCAGUUCAUUGCGCGUACCGAUCUCACGUUCGAUCUCGUCGUCGCCGAGCAGUUUUUCCAAGAAAGUUGGCUCAUGUUUGCGAACAAGUACAGUGCACCGAUCGUGACCAUCAGCACGUACGGCUAUUCGGACUUUUUCGACCAGAUCAUGGGCCUGCGGACACCGUGGUCGUUCGUGCCGCACAUGGUACUGUCCUACACCGACAGCAUGAGCAUCGACGAGCGGGCGUACAACUUUGCGCUCUCGCUGUACGAUCGCUUUUGGCGCUACUGGUGGUACCUUGGGUGUCAAGACAGGAUAGCGUGGAGUGCGUUUGGCAUCAACUUCCUUGGGACGCGCGUAUCCGACCUGGAACAGUCCAUCUCGGUUAUACUGGUCAACAGCCAUCCGGUGUUGAGCAACCCGCGGCCCACCAUGCGCGGACUGGUGGACAUCGGCGGUGCGCACAUCCGCCCGCCGGCACCACUACCCCACGAGCUGGCCGAGUUUAUGGAUGGGGCGCGCCACGGCGUCAUUUACUUUUCGCUCGGUGCGUACAUGCAAAGUGCGCUGAUGCCGGUGGCCAAGCGUACCGCGAUACUGCGCGCGUUCGGUGCGCUCGAGCAGCGGGUGGUGUGGAAGUUCGAGGACGAUCGUAUACCGCCCGAGGACAUACCGCCGAACGUGAUGGUACGCCGGUGGGCACCGCAGAACGAUAUUUUGGCCCACCCGAACACGGUACUGUUCAUCUCGCACGGUGGCCAGUUUGGCACGUUCGAGGCGAUGCAUCACGGCGUCCCGGUACUCUUUGUGCCGUUCUUUGGCGAUCAGCACCGCAACGCGGACCGUGCCGUUAGGGAGGGCAUGGCGCAGAAGAUGAGCUUUGAGAACAUUAGCGAGCAUACGUUCGGGCCGAUGGUAAGGCGUAUGGUUGAGCGGGAAAGCUAUCGGGCGAGGGCGAAGGAAAUAGCGCACCUCUUCAGGGACCGGCUGGUGGAACCGAUGGAGGAGGCACUGUACUGGAUUGAGUACGUGGCGCGGCACAAGGGUGCACCGAGGUUAAAAUCGAAAGCGAUACACUUAAGCUGGUAUGAGUACUAUUCGCUCGAUCUUGUGCUCUGGCCGGUGCUGCUUAUACUAUUCUUGCGCUGGAUGUACAAGACACCAAACUCCACGCGUAAAUUGUACUAUAAACUGCGAAGCAUUAUUCGGUUCCCGCACACACUGCACUAUAAGUAUCAUGCCUUUCUCCGGUACUGCCGUCAAGUGACCGAAAACCUGCUCUGGAUCAAGCAAGCACCCAACCAGCGGAAUCGCCGUCGAGUGUACUAUCGCCAAGAUUAAAUUGAAUACACUCCGCGCAUAAUCGUUCUCGAUAACUGUACUCUCUCUCUCUCUUUAGUGUGUUUCUUUUGCUACAAAUAAAGGUAAAAAUCUAAACCA